AUCCUGGCCAGGAGUAUGGCCAUGAUGAGGAUGGCACGCAAGACUCUAUCGAGAAAGGGGGUGUUGAGGUUGGCGAAAACGCAGAGGCUGCGACUGAAAACAUGUCUACCGGAGGCCAUGAAGAGGAUGACGAUGUGAAUCACGUACCACAACCUCCUAGUUCUAGUGAAGUCUCUACAAACACACAGAGGGUUGAAGGCUACCCUGGACAGACACACUCACAGUCUGAUGAGCAGACUGCAGCGGAACUGGAGGCCCGUCGCUUGCAAGAGGAAGGCGACAUUAUCGAUUACAGCGAUGGAGAGGACGAGGAGUCCGCUGCUGUCGAGGAGGUUGAAGAAGCACCUCAUACUGAGCCAUCGCCCUCGCCCGCUACUGUGCAAGGCGACGAAACAUCCAAUGCGGAGAGGCAGUCACCUGCUGCAGGAUCGCCAAGUAUUGGCAAGCAAUCAAACGGAGACGAGGACCAAGGCAGUUUCGACACUACAAAUGACCCUAACGUCAACGCCGAGCAGGACUUUGACAACGAUCCCAAUGAAUACUGGGAAUACGAUGAAGCCCUUGAAGCCCUUGAAGAAGUCGAUCCUGAUGAGUCGCAAUCGGAUGAAGUCCAAAAUGACACCACCAACUUUGAGUUUGAUGGCGAUGCUAACCAAGACUAUGGCGACUAUGAAUACCAGGACUUGGAGCAACAAGCAGAGGUGGAAUUCACGAAUGGAGAAGAUGUUGAUGGUGAAAACACUGCAACGGAUGGCGAUUACUCAAUGAGCGCGAAUGAUGUCUUGAAUGUGCACAAUGCGCAGUGGACUGUCGCCCAGGGCCUAGCCCAAGACGUUGUGGAGACGACGACAGGAGAUGAAGACGACAAUGUCGAGGCUCAAGACGAAGAGGAUGGCGUCGCUGGACAGCUCGGCAGUGCAACGUCUUCGGCUGCAGAUCCUACGACGGCCUCGUCUACUGACGCCCAUGAUGUGUCUUCACAAGGACACAAGCGAUCUAUCGACGAGGCUGGACAUGGAGUGGACAUUGCAUCCGACUCUAUAGACGCCAAACGCGCGCGAGUGUGAAGGCGGCCCGUCCUCUGAGUCUUCGGGUCUUCAGACAUACUAACAAGCAGCUAUAUGGACAUGCCGCACUGGAAUUUACCCAAGUUUGAACUAAUACAAGUGUACACUAACUGUAGGACCGAUAUUACAACGCACGAGAUUUUGAGAUUUUUUUUUCUGGCUUUGGCGAGGGGCAAAAGGUAAGAGGGAAGGUAAUCUCUGGCGAUUUUCCUUUGUUAUACCCCGGCACCACCUUCCUGGAUAGUGAUUUUCGCAUUGGUUUUGGUUGGUUGGCGAUUGAUUUGUAGUGCGAAUAACGACUGAGGUGACGUUGUUUGCAUGGUCGUUUAGUGCUUGAUGGGGUGAAGGGGAACAGAGGGGGCGAGGCAGUUUGAGCGAUAUACCCAAGUGCUUCGAAGCACUUUUGCUUUUUCCCAAUGUAGUCAUAGGGAUGUAGAGACACGAUGAGGCUCUCAAUGGAAGACUGCAAAGCUAAUGUGAGCUUGGGACU